CUUGAGUGGCUCACUGGCUACUCCGUAGAUGGCGUCUUCCUGUCGUCUUCUCGCUUGCUUAUUAGCUUCCUCCACGGUUUUCAACGUUCGAGACCUUUUGUCUCUUUUUUUUCUGCAGUUUGUUGGCUUCUGUCGUCUUUCUUGCUAGUUCCUAUAUUGUGCUGUCAUUGCUGCUGAUUCUUGUUUUCUAUCUCUUUCCCUUGUUUGCUGGACAACAAGGUCACUAAUCCAGGCUUUCAUACCACUGUUCCUCGGGCUGUUUUCCUGAGAGACAAACAUUGCCGAUCACACUUCUACAGACCAAGUCGUCCUUCGAAAACAAGAUCAAUAUGGAGCAGGACAAGAGCCCCAGGCUCCAGGUCACCGAUGCCUCUUCUUCGAAUAGCUCGAAUCCGAAUGACCCUACCUCUCCAAUAGUAGACCCUUCCUUCAAACCGUUUCCUCUGCGAACCAAGACCCAUACCUCGCUGGAGUUGGACGAUUACUUCCUUGGGCCUCGAGACAUGAACCAUCAUUCAAAGCUACCCUACUUCCUUCGUUUGCAUGGCAGUGUCUUUCCGAAGAUGAUUCUGCCUCUUGCUAUUGUCGGUGGUUGGGCCACGGCCAUCACAUGCAUCAGCAAGUUUGUGCACGACUUGGGCAUCAACUCUGUUCUCUUGACCAUCACCGGUUUCGUGGUUUCUCUUGCCCUGUCAUUCCGAUCCACGACCGCAUACGAAAGAUACAUGGAAGGUCGGAAAUACUGGGCACAAUUGGUCGUCACGUCCAGAAACAUGGCUCGGUUGAUUUGGAUUCACACCGCUGAACGCCACGAUGUCAGCGAAGAGCAAGGAAAGGCCGACCUCCUGGGAAAAUUGACCGCCCUGAACCUCGUCAACGCUUUCGCUGUGGCCCUCAAACAUCGUCUGCGAUUCGAGCCUUCUGUCGAAUAUCCCGACCUCCAGCCGCUGAUUGCGAAUCUCCACACUCUUGCCGGCGAAGCAGACCAGACAAAGCUGCAACCCAAGAAGGCGACUCCGUGGAAAACCGCAGGCGAGUACCUGGGCGUGAGCUUUGCAGAGUCGAACCCUCGCAAAUUGAUCAAACGGUCCAACGAGAAUCUCGGAAACCUGCCCCUGGAGAUCUUGACAUACCUCGGGUCGUACAUGGAUCACGUCAUGAAGAGCGGACAAUUGAGUGUGCCGAUUCAUCAGACACACGCCAUAAACAACAUCGCCGUCCUGGCCGACGUUCUCACCGGCACGGAACGCAUCCUGACCACUCCGGUCCCCAUCGCCUAUUCGAUCUCCAUCUCCCAGAUCACGUGGGUCUACAUCCUGGUCCUGCCAUUCCAGCUCUACAAGUCCCUAGGGUGGGUGACCAUCUUCGGCACCAUCCUCGCGGCGUACAUCAUCUUGGGCUUGGCGGCGAUCGGCUACGAGAUCGAGAACCCGUUCGGCCACGACGUGAACGACCUCCCGCUCGACGCCUACUGCCGCGAACUGGCGGGCGACAUUGACGUGCUGACCAGUAUGCCUGCCCCGACGGCCGAGGAAUUCAUCGCCACGGCCGAGAACAAGGUGCUGUUCCCGUUGAGCAUGACCAGCUACGAGAACUGGAAGUCGCGCUCCCUCGCGGACAUCCGAAAGGCGCUGCGCUCCAAGGCCACGACCGCGGCCCCGAAACUGUCUCUCGAACGCGCCAAUGCCCAGAGUCAAAGUACGAACGCUGCGACGGCCGUCCCGGCCUUUGAUCCUAGCAAAGAUAGACCCGAUGGUAAUGCUUGUUGAGGGAAAUGCAUGUUUCUUUUCUGAAAUCGGCGUCUUGUUUCUUGUUUACGCGUCGUCAGUGACAACAGGCGGCCAUGUUUUGUGUGUGGCAUUCCUUCUUCUCCAUUUGGCCGGGUAGGGUAGGGUUUGUUAGGAUUUGGGCACUGGUAUACACAAAAAUUGAGAUUGGGAUUGACAAACCUGGCCACAUGAAAUGGUCACCAAAAAGCAUCAAGCAUAGCGAAGCAUUAAUGGUCAUAUACACACAUCAUCAGAUCAAUCACGAUAGAUGAGGAAUGGGGAAAACAGUUUUUUUUCAAGACCACAAAAAGAAGGAG